GCAGUUCAAGGAAGUUUUGAAGCCUUGCAUGAUCCGCAGCCGGAGGAAAAAUUGUACUGAGCUCUCUUCUUUCCGUUGCUCGUUGGUGUAGGGUUGUCUGUGAAGCGGCCUCGAUUCCAAUCCGUUGAGCUUACUUAGUUAUUCACCGCAGAAAGCAGCGCUGAUCUAGGACGAUCUGCGAUCAUGAUUCGUUUUAUCCUGAUUCAGAAUCGCGCUGGUAAGACGCGCAUGGCUAAGUGGUUUAUACCGCUGGAGGCGCACGAGAAGCAGAAGCUAAUCGAGGAGGUGCAUGCGCUGGUGACGGUGCGCGACGCCCGCCACACGAACUUCGUCGAGUUCCGUCAGUACAAGAUCGUCUACCGCCGCUACGCCGGCCUGUACUUCUGCAUCUGCGUGGACACGUUCGACAAUAACCUCUCCUAUUUGGAGGCAAUACACAACUUCGUCGAGGUACUGAACGAGCACUUCCAGAAUGUCUGCGAGCUGGACUUAGUGUUCAACUUCUACAAGGUCUAUGCGUGCGUAGACGAAAUGUUUAUGGCUGGUGAAAUACGUGAGACUAGCCAGGCCAAGGUGCUGACUAUGUUGGGUCACUAUGCUACGCUGGAGUAGCGCGAUGGAGGACUGCAGUGUGAUUAGGCUGCAAGGACUGUGUACAUGUACCGACUUGCUACUCCGCUGCAUGGAGGCAAACCUUUGCAGUGACCCAGCCAUGCAAUGAGUGAACUGUGGUGGACAGAACAGCAGCCAUGAAAUGAUCGUGUGAUGCUGUGUUGGAGUUUCCAGGCUCUCUCUCUCUCUCUCUCUCUCUCUCUCUCUCUCUCUCUCUCUCUCUCUCUCUCUCUCUCUCUCUCUCUCUCUCUCUCUCUCUCUCUCUCUCUCUCUCUCUCUCUCUCUCUCUCUCUCUCUCUCUCACACACACACACACACACACACACACACACACACACACACACACACACACACACACACACACCGUCUCUGUCUGUCUCUACCGGCACCAUUCUCUGCCUCAUGGCCUGUGCUAUGAAGGCGAAAGCCAUGUUGGUACACAUGUAAAAGAUUAGCUGGUGCAUUUGAAGUGUGGACAAUGUGUGUCGUUGUAUACCCGCGUUCAUCCAUACCUACAUCUGCAUCCUCAGUUUAAAGACCUGAACAAUACAAAUUCUACCGGACUGAAUAUUGAUUAUUGUCUAGACCCUAUUCCAAAUUUUAUGAUCCUUUCCUAUUUUGUUUAUUAUGAGGAGCUAUACAGUUUUUCGUUUUAAAUAUGGUUGUUGAAUUCUUGAUGCUAAAGUGUUUCAUGAAGUUGGUUGUUCCAACGACUAAGUUCGUAAAGUGUUUCAUGUUUGUUGAAUACAUCCAAGUAUUAUAAAAGUAAAGUCCGCGCAUCCA